GCGCGUCCGUCCUCAGUUCCUCGCCGCCACCACCCGCUCACGCCAUCAAUGAUACAUGUGAAUUACACUUGGUAGUGAGCCGUUUGUCAUUAUUAUUUUAUUAUUACCCCAACUUGCUGCCAGUUUGCACCUUCAGCGCGGCGCAAGACGAUCCCAGGGAGCUGGUGAAGAAGCAAGGCGCUGAGGGGCUCACAGUAUCACAACUCUUGACACGUGGUGGUGGUGGUGGUGGUGGUGGUUUCUUGCUGGAGAAAAACACAAGAAGUUUGUCUGUGGCGAAAAAAAAAAUGAUGCAUUCUGUGUUGUCUGCUGGACCUGAUGAUUAGUGAACUGGAGAGAUUUCGAUGUGAAACUUUGUGUGUUGCUCAGUGUAAGAGCAGAGGGACAAGGGGAAGGCGUGGAAGAGGUUAAGGGCGCGUGGGCACUGGUGUGGCAGUGAGGGAGUGUCGCGGGUCGCUGGUCGCCGCAGUGCCCAUGACCAACAUGGAAGGACGAGGGGGCGCGUCCCCCGCCCCCUCGCCAGCGCCCCAGGACCAACCCACGGACCUGAGGGUAUCACGGGAACCUGAGAGGACGCCCCAACCUGCAGUCAAGAUUGGGGCCCUGCAGCAGCCCUCCACACCACUCAUGACGGUCCUGCCCCUGGGUCUGCAGCAACUAGCCAGGGCUCCGUCCUCCUUCAUGAUUGGGGACAUCCUCCGACAGAAGGCACAGGAAGCUGCAGGACAAAACCACCAUCACGACCACCCACGCCUUCACGACAAUCACCAUGACGACGAGGAUGGUGACGAAGACGACGAGGAGGGCAGCCACCACCUCCUCUCUCGCCAUGGGUCGCCAGCGUCGACGGCGGAGGACGGGGACGAGGAUGGAGGUGAUGGGCCGCCGCCUUGCAAGAAGCAGAGGAAGGCGCGGACGGCGUUUACAGACAACCAGCUGCAGACACUGGAGAAGAGCUUCGAGCGUCAGAAGUACCUGAGUGUGCAGGACCGCAUGGAGCUGGCUGCCAAGCUGAACCUGACCGAUACCCAGGUCAAGACCUGGUACCAGAACAGACGGACCAAAUGGAAGCGCCAGACGGCCGUAGGUCUGGAAUUACUGGCGGAGGCUGGUAACUACGCCGCCCUACAGAGGCUUUACGGGCAGCACUACUGGCCACCCACACCCUCCCUCGCAGCCCACCUCACGCCCACCCUCCCUGCAGGUGUGGAGGCCUACUACAGACACGUCGCUGCCGCCCUCUCCCAGCGCACCACCGUCCCACCUCGUCCCUUCCUCCCUCAUGCCCUUUCCCAGGCCUCUCCUCUUUCCUCCCUCUCCCAGGCACACCUUUCCUCCCUCUCCUCUCAUUACUACUCUACCCUCACCUCCUCCCUCUCACCUACAGCCUCCACAUUGCCCCAGCCGCCGUCGUCUCCGCCAGCUUCCACUGCUUCACCCACACAGUCUUCCGCCCCGAGCCCGACCAGUCCAUCCACUCCGCCCUCUCCGCCCUCCCACCACGAGCGACAACAGCCCUGAACUACCCCUCAGUCCCAGGGAACAACCUUUUAAGGGUAUAUUCUAUGAACUAAGUGGAGCAACGACUCUGGUUAGAUGCCCCAGAUCUUGGAGUAAACACCCCAGCCUGAUCUAUGACGUCAGCAGCCCGCUAGUACGAUAGAAAACGUAAUAAAUAUUGAUACUACUAACAAUAAACAGUGAACUCGUUAUUAUUUUUAUUAGUUAAGGAGAAUUCGUUACGGAAAAAUGCACAAUCUUAGUAGGAAGUUACUCGUCUUAGUGACUUGUUUCACACAUUCACUCGUUGUUGGAACUCUCUAAGGUAGUUCAUGAGAUAAACUCGUAUAUGUGUAUUGUUUGUUUGUUUUGGUUCAACGUCUCCAAGCAACAAACACUAACAAACACUGAUGAUGUUCGCCUGUUUUUUAUUUCCAAGUGACUUCUUAAAUGAAAUAGUGGAAGACACGUUGGAGCAAGGCAUUUCUGCUCAUAGAUGUCUAAAAUAGUUCAGACAUCAUCAACACAAGAGACAAUGGAACCAGACGUUAAUUCUGCUUGUUAUUUUUUACUCUUCGUAGAUAUCUAAAGGAGUUCAGACAUUAUCCCUGAAUGAUACAAUGGCACCAAAAUAUGUCUGCUUUUGAAAUAUAAGCAAAUGUCUAAAACUUACUAAAAAGUUUUAGAAGAAAAACAAAGACAAACUGAAAAUUACAAACCUAAAAGACUAAACUUGAAUGAAAAGAAAAAUCAUCAAAACUGCAAUAGAGUUUAUAAGAAAAAUUUGAAUUGUAAUUGAGUGAAUAGAUAAAUGGUUUCAUAGUUGGAAUGCUUUUUGUGAUAGUGAAGCGAGAUGAUAGAGAUAAUGAGUAUAGUUCUAAUGAUCAUUAUUAUUAUUUACCUUAUUUGUAUUGUGAAUAAGGUGUUAGUUGGUUAUGAAGACUCAAUGCAAAUUAUUAUUACUACUAUUAUUACUACUACUACUACUACGUGUGUUUACGCCAAAGCACUGUUUGUAUGGAGGAGAGAGAGAGAGAGAGAGAGAGAGAGAGAGAGAGAGAGAGAGAGAGAGCACGUAUGAGUGAUUUAUGGGUGAGUGCAUACGUAUAUAGUGAGGAUGUAAAGUCAACAACAACAAAUUUCUGCAUCUUUAUGGUAUUAUACAAUAUGACACACAGGACAUAGAGUUCUGAACAACACUCAUUUAUGCGGGUGAUUCCUGUUUUUUUCUCUGUAAUCAAUAUUUGCGAUAUAAAACACACAUCAUACUGGCUCUAUAAUGCAUCACACAACCAGAAAUACCAACGUUACCAAAUUAACACGGCCUCAGUCAGUGGUCGUUGCAGAAGCCAUCAGAACCAAGGGGUGUAGAAUUUUGUUUUGCUGACUCUACAUGUGUACGUUUUUGAGUGCGUUGGUGAAUGUGUAUAUAAUUUGGACGUGUGGCUAUGUUUGAGUGCGUUAUUGUACAUUAAGUACGUUCCUGUGUGUCCAUGGCUGAGUGUGUUUGUGUACUUAAAUGCGUUCGUAUACGUUUGAGUGCGUUGAUUUACGUUGAUUGCGUCUGUAUACUCAGUAUACUCUACCUGUAUGCUUGAAUGCCUCCGGGAUUGUGUAUUUUUAAGAGAGUUCUUGACUGUUCAUUAUUGCGUUAGUUAUACUUGUGUGAACGAAUUAUCAAACGUGCUUGAACGCUCUCAUGUGUGUGUGUGUGUGUGUGUGUGUGUGUGUGUGUGUGUGUGUGUGUGUGUGUGUGUAUAUG